AUGAGCUCAGGCUCCAGGUUCGCUUUUCGCCCCUUCAGGCAACCAGAGCGCGAGGGAGGCGCUCAGCCCGCGUCGCAUGCCCAACCUUCUGCGCCGCGCCAGGCGCCCAAACUCUCCUUUUUCCGCCAAUCCGGGGCACCGCGUCCGAAAACAUCGGCCGAGCAUGUCGUCGAAGUCAAGGAGGAGCCGAUGUCCAACGAGGAAGACGGCGAUGUCAUUCACUGGACUUCUUCGAGUGAUCAGACUAUGAUGCCGCCACCGCCGGUCACUGGUGGCCAACGCUCUCGUUUCAACGUUCUUGGCUCGCACACGACAUUCUCUCCCGCGCCAUCUGCGAACACGAACAGCAUGCGGACCGCAUUCGGGCAACAUUCAAACCGAGAACCGCGUAUUGCUCUUGAACGAGAGACUCACACACUCGCCACUGAAGAUAUUGAACGUAAUCGCUCUGGCUCUAUACACUCUUUUGGGACGCCUGCUGUAGAAGAUACGGCCGAGCGCGGGACACCAUCUAGCCGUAGCAACAAGUUGCAGAACAUGAUUGCGGCUAGCCUGGCGGAGAACGAGGACUUGCAUGCGGAGCAAGAACGCCUGACUGCAGACCUCACUGCGUCGCGCGAAGAUGUCUCGCGUCUUGUGGCCGAAAAGACUGCCCUGGCGAAACGAGCGAGCGAGAUCAAGGACGCGAGCAGACGCAUCUUCGCCUCGAAGUCCAAUAGCCUCUCUGAGCUUCAGUCCAGCCUUCAGAGGCUUGAUACGCAGUCUCGCAAAAGCUUCCCUUUAGCGUCGGAGACCCGCGAUGCUCUCUCUCUCUUGCAAAACCUUCGCGCAACCGUCAAGGAGGGUAUAGACAAGAUGAACGGGCUCUUCAAUGAGGAGGGUAACCUGUCGAAGGUAGCCGAUGCUCGCGCGGUGCUCGCGGAAAUCCAGCGAGAACGCGACAGCAGCCUCAAUGCCUGCGAACUCGCUCGCAGUCGUUUGGCCGAGUGCACCUCUCAACUGACCGUCGCGCACGAACGUAUCCACGAGCUCGAGUCUCACGUCGCGUUCAACGUCGCCGCUCUCCAGCAAGCAAGCACUAAUGCAACAAAUGCUGAGGCGCAUCUCAAUGAGGAACGGGUGAAGAAUAAGCAGCUGCAUUCGGAGAAUGUCGACACUCUUCUUGCUCACGCUCAGGCUGAAGACGAGAUCGGACGCUUGAACGAGAAAGUGACUGUUAUCGUCGCCGAGUUAGAGAAGACAUGCGAAGCUAUGAAGGAGCUUGACGAGCUUCGACGCGAAAACGCCGAAUUGAGAGCAAUCCAGAGCAGCGAUCUCACCCGCGCAGAGCGCGACAAAGAGCUGCAGGCCUUGAAAGCACACAUUGAGUCCUCCUUGGCUACAUCCUCGCACGAAAGAACCCACACCUCUGAACUCAAGAUGGAGCUUGCCUCGCGAGACGCAGAACUCGCUGGCCUUCGAACGCGCGUCGAGGACGUUUCCGCGCAACUGUCUUCAACACAGGCAGCUGAGCGCAGAUUGAAGGAUGAUGUACAGCUUGCAGUUGAACGGGAGACCACUGCUCGACUCGUUCAGGAACGGCUGGCGUCGGAGGCUGCUGCAAAGGAUGAGGCGGUAGCGAGGCUCGAAGGAGCACUCUCUUCUUCGCGCGAGGACGCUGAAGCUGCUCGGGCAGAGGUGGCUAAGAUGCAUGGGUAUGCGGAGACGACACAAAUGCGGGUCGAUGAACUGCUGGUCGAGCUGAAGACAGCGCGCGACGAAAAGGACGCCGUCCAGACGCGCCUGUUGGGUAUGGACUCGGUGCACGCGACUGCUCUCGAUGCCGCGAUCACCAAGCAUACUCAAGAGGCCAUCACUUUGUGCGAGCGUGUCGCCAAUCUCACCCAUGCUCUCGAAGAAGCCAAGUCCGAGCUGGGUGCGCAGAAGGUCGAGCUCGCUACAGCUCGGGCUGAUGCCGAGGCGGCGCGCAGCAAAGCCACCCAAGCGGAUGCGCGCGUCGGCACGAUACAACAGCGCUUCGACGACCAGGCUGCAACGCUCAAGCUCUUGCGCGAUGCACAGGCAGAUCUUCAAGAGCGUCUGGCAGACGAGCAAAAGAGGCACGCCGUGGCACUCGGGAAGGCGGAGGGCCAGUAUACGAAGGAGACCGCCGUUUUGGUUGAGCGUGCGGACAAGCUAUCGUCGGCAUUGGAGGAACGCAAGGCCGAAGUGACGCGACUCGCGGAGGAGCUUGCCGUUGCGCGAAUUGAUGCCGAUGAUCGUGUAUCCACCGUUCGGGAGGCGGCUGAGAACCAAGCUGCGGAUGUGCAGGAGAAGUUGCUUGCAGCGAGUGAGGCUCGCGGACAUGCGUUGCAUACUGCCGAAGCCGCGCAGGCGCAGCUUCACAAGGCGCAAGCUGAGCUUGCGGCUGUGCGUCAUGAGCGCGGAGACGUCGCUGGCACACUGGAGGUUGCGCGGGCCGAAUGCGCUGCACUACGCAAAGCGAUCGAGGAUUUGCAGGCAGAGAAGACGGUCCUUGUCGAGCAACGGCGUACAAUGCAUGUGAGGUACAAGUCGAACGAUCUUGGAGAAGAGGAGAAGGCUUUCGUAGGCACUUUGCUCGAGGAGUGUCAAGCGUCGCACGAGAAGCGUCUCGCGGAGAAACAGAACGAGCUGCGUCGACGCGCGAACAUCGUUACCACCCUCGAAACCAAGGUGAAAGAUCUCGAGCAAAGCUUCGCACAAUCGGUCAAAUCAGAGAAGAACUGGAAGCGUAAGUUCGAGACGCUGCAGCAGUCUGUCGCGGAUAACGCUGCGGCUGCUGCAUCGGCCUCAGUACAACAAGUACCUCCCGCGCCAUCGCCUGCCGCUCAGUCUAUCAUCGACAUCAAGCGAUUCGCGCCGCCAUCCUUAGGGGUUGAUUCACCUUCUGGCCUUGCAAACGAGCUCGCGAGGGACCCGGAGGUGAGCGCAGCGCAUGGACUGCGUUUGUUUGACGCAGAUCCACUCAACUCGCCGCCUAGUGAAUCCGCAACUUCGAAGCGUCCUGCCGCGGUCGCGGGCCCCACUCGUGCUCGUCCGAAGCCGAAAAAGCCCGUUGUGGAAUCAACUAUCUCCCCACCCCUCGCGUUCACAGCCGCCGCUUCUCGUGCCCGCCCGGCUCGUCCAUUGAAAUCCAAACCGUCCGAUGCAAACAAGCCGGGGCCAUCUGGCAAGGCAACGUUCGGCGCCCUCGGCGCCCUCGAUUUGGAUUCAUCUCCGCCGCAGGGAAAGAAGCCCACACUCGGCAAACGACCGCGCGCAGACUUUGAGGAAGGUUCGUCGCAAGGCGACGCGAGUGGACGCCCGAAGACGAGGCAGCGGUCUGCGGCAAAAAAGGUCGCGCGUGCAUCCGGUGAAGGGAAGAAGCACGAAAAUGCUCAACCUGGACCCUCGACGCGCAAGCGCCUGCGUUGA